GCGCUCUUCCCUUGUUUCCUGCGGGCAGGAUUGCGAGAGGUGGGGCAUCCGGGUCUCUUGGUGGCUGCCUCUACUCCCGGAGCUCAGCUGAUCAGCCCUUCCAGACUAGGAGGUGUGAAUUUAAAACUUCAGUAAUGGAGUUAGCCCACAGUUUAUUGCUAAAUGAAGAAGCUUUGGCUCAAAUCACCGAAGCAAAAAGACCAGUUUUUAUCUUUGAAUGGUUGCGAUUUCUUGAUAAAGUCUUGGUUGCCGCCAACAAGACCGAUGUAAAGGAAAAACAGAAAAAACUUGUUGAACAAUUAACUGGAUUAAUAAGUAGUUCACCUGGACCACCUACACGAAAAUUAUUAGCUAAAAAUCUUGCAGCCCUUUAUAGCAUUGGGGAUACUUUUACAGUUUUUCAGACACUUGAUAAAUGCAAUGACAUUAUCAGAAAUAAAGAUGACACUGCGGCCUACUUACCAACAAAAUUGGCUGCGGUGGCUUGUGUUGGAGCAUUUUAUGAAAAAAUGGGAAGAAUGUUGGGCAGCGCAUUUCCAGAAACAGUAAAUAAUCUAUUGAAAUCUCUGAAAAGUGCAGAGUCUCAAGGGCGAAGUGAAAUCUUAAUGAGUCUACAGAAAGUUCUAAGUGGACUGGGUGGUGCAGCAGCUUCCUCUCAUCGUGAUAUUUAUAAGAAUGCCAGGUCUCUCUUGACUGAUAGGUCAAUGGCUGUUCGAUGUGCAGUGGCCAAGUGUCUACUAGAACUACAGAAUGAAGCUGUAUUUAUGUGGACUGCUGAACUAGAAAAUAUAGCCACUCUCUGCUUUAAGGCUUUGGAAAACUCAAAUUAUGGGGUACGAGUGGCAGUAUCUAAACUUUUAGGAACAGUCAUGGCCACAGCAUUAAUGCCAAAACAGGCAACAGUAAUGCGUCAGAAUGUGAAGCGAGCAACAUUUGAUGAAGUCUUAGAACUCAUGGCCACAGGAUUUCUGCGUGGAGGGUCAGGUUUCUUAAAGAGCGGUGGAGAAAUGUUAAAAGUUGGAGGGUCUGUUAAUCGUGAAGUGAGAGUUGGAGUUACGCAGGCGUAUGUUGUUUUUGUGACAACAUUGGGUGGUCAGUGGUUGGAGCGCAGCUUUGCCACGUUCCUGUCCCAUGUACUUGAUCUGGUUUCCCAUCCUCGGGCAACACAAACACAUGUGGAGGCUGUGUACUCCAGACGAUGUGUUUCCUUUAUCCUAAGAGCUACUGUGGGCAGUUUGCUAGGUGAAAAAGCCCAGAUUGCAGCUGCCAAAGAAAUCUGCCAAGCUAUUGGAAAACAAAUGAAAGCCGUAGAAGCAGUAGUGAAUGACACAAGUGGAGAAAACAAAUCUGGCGCAGCAGACAUUGCAGCCAGCCAGCAUGUGAUGGUCUGUGCCCUCCAGGAACUCGGGAGCCUGGUGCAGAGCUUGAAUGCCACUGCAUCCCCUCUUAUUCAAGAAGCAUCUAUAGGGCUUUUGGAGAUUGUGACUUCAGUGCUUCUUCAUCCAAGCAUGGCUGCCCGACUUGCUGCUGCAUGGUGUUUGCGCUGUGUGGCUGUGGCAUUACCUUUCCAGCUGACACCAUUUCUAGACAGGUGUGCAGAACGGCUCAACAACUUGAAGACCUCACCAGAAGCUGUCAGUGGAUAUAGUUUUGCAAUGGCUGCUUUGUUAGGUGGAGUACAUCAGUGUCCUUUGGGCAUUCCUCAUGCCAAAGGAAAGAUGGUAGUUAGUAUUGCUGAAGAUCUUUUACGAACUGCUGCCCAAAAUAGCAGGCUAUCUUUACAGCGCACCCAAGCUGGCUGGCUUUUACUUGGAGCACUUAUGACUUUAGGACCAUCUGUCGUUCGUUACCAUCUGCCCAAGAUGUUGUUAUUGUGGCGAAAUGUUUUCCCACGUUCCUUAAAGGAAUUGGAAGCUGAGAAGGCCCGAGGCGAUUCUUUUACCUGGCAGGUAACUUUGGAAGGUCGUGCUGGAGCUCUAUGUGCCAUGAGGAGCUUUGUUGCACAUUGUCCUGAGCUACUAACUGAAGAUGUGAUUCGAAAAUUGAUGACCCCUAUUGAAUGUGCCAUGACUAUGAUGUCACACAUUCCAUCUGUAAUGAAAGCCCAUGGAGCUCAUCUGAAAGCUAGUGCUGCAAUGGUCCGUUUAAGACUUUAUGAUAUCUUGGCUUUGUUACCUCCAAAAACUUAUGAAGGAUCUUUUAACGCACUUCUUAGAGAACUGGUAGCGGAAUUCACUUUGACUGACAACUCAGCCAACACAACUACUUCCCUCCUCAGAUCCCUCUGCCAUUAUGAUGAUAGUGUUCUUCUUGGUUCUUGGCUUCAGGAAACUGAUCAUAAAUCAAUUGAAGACCAGCUCCAGCCAAACAGUGCCUCUGGAAGUGGGGCUCUGGAGCAUGAUCCAUCCUCUAUUUAUUUACGGAUACCUGCUGGAGAAGCAGUACCUGGUCCCCUCCCUCUCGGAGUCUCAGUCAUUGAUGCUUCUGUGGCCCUUUUUGGUGUAGUGUUUCCUCAUGUUUCUUAUAAACACCGAUUACAAAUGUUGGAUCACUUUGCCGAAUGUGUUAAACAAGCUAAAGGUGUCCGCCAGCAGGCUGUGCAGCUUAAUAUAUUUACUGCUGUUCUUAGUGCACUAAAGGGCUUGGCUGAAAACAAAAGUACUUUAGGACCUGAGGAAGUUCGUAAAUCUGCUCUGACACUGGUUAUGGGUCCUCUGGACAACCCAAACCCCAUCUUACGUUGUGCGGCGGGGGAAGCUCUUGGAAGAAUGGCUCAGGUGGUUGGAGAAGCAACUUUUAUUGCUAGAAUGGCCCAAUAUAGCUUUGACAAGUUGAAAUCGGCUCGAGAUGUUGUAUCUAGGACUGGUCAUUCAUUGGCUCUUGGUUGUUUGCAUCGUUAUGUUGGUGGAAUAGGCUCAGGACAACAUCUGAAGACCAGUGUCAGCAUUUUAUUGGCUCUAGCACAAGAUGGGACAUCCCCUGAAGUCCAGACUUGGUCUCUUCAUUCACUUGCUUUGAUAGUGGAUUCUAGUGGUCCGAUGUAUCGUGGCUAUGUGGAACCAACAUUAUCUCUAGUUCUUACCUUGCUGUUGACGGUUCCACCUUCACAUACAGAAGUUCAUCAGUGUUUGGGUCGGUGCUUGGGUGCUAUAAUAACUACUGUUGGCCCUGAACUACAAGGGAAUGGAGCAACAACUUCUACAAUUCGUUCCUCUUGUUUGGUGGGUUGUGCAAUAACACAGGACCAUUCAGAUUCUCUUGUUCAGGCAGCUGCCAUAUCUUGCCUUCAGCAGCUUCACAUGUUUGCACCACGACAUGUCAAUCUAUCUAGCCUUGUUCCUAGCCUUUGUGUUCACUUAUGUAGUUCCCAUUUGUUACUUCGACGAGCAGCUGUGGCAUGUCUUCGGCAACUUGCACAAAGAGAAGCAGCGGAAGUAUGUGAAUAUGCCAUGAGCCUGGCAAAAAAUGCAGGGGACAAAGAGAGCAGUAGUGCCAAUGUCAAUCCUUUUGCACCUGGAGUUAGUUCUCGAAGUGAUAUCCAUUGCCGGCACCAAGGUGUAAAUAUAACAGAAACUGGUCUUGAGGGACUUCUUUUUGGAAUGCUAGACCGGGAGACAGAUAGAAAAUUAUGUUCUGAUAUUCAUGACACUUUGGGACAUAUGCUUUCUUCGCUGGCAGUAGAAAAACUUUCUCAUUGGCUAAUGCUUUGUAAAGAUGUCCUGGCAGCUUCUAGUGAUAUGAGUACUGCAACUCUCUUAAGUAGUGGAAAAGAUGAAGAAGCUGAAAAGAAAGAUGAGAUGGAUGAUGAUACCAUGUUUACCACGUUAGGUGAAGAAGAUAAAUCAAAGCCCUUUGUGGCCCCUCGCUGGGCCACUCGAGUAUUUGCUGCUGAUUGCCUGUGUCGAAUCAUCAAUUUGUGUGAGAAUGCAGACCAGGCUCACUUUGAUCUUGCCUUGGCACGUUCUGCUAAACUUCGAAACCCUACAAAUGACCUCUUGGUACUUCAUCUCUCUGACCUCAUUCGCAUGGCAUUCAUGGCUGCAACUGAUCAUAGCAACCAGCUGCGAAUGGCUGGGCUCCAGGCGCUUGAAGACAUUAUCAAGAAGUUUGCGUCUGUGCCUGAGCCAGAAUUUCCAGGUCAUGUGAUACUGGAGCAGUAUCAGGCUAAUGUGGGAGCUGCUCUAAGACCAGCCUUUUCACAGGAUACACCAUCAGAUAUAAUAGCGAAAGCUUGCCAGGUAUGUAGUACAUGGAUUGGAAGUGGAGUUGUCAGUGAUCUCAAUGAUCUCCGUCGAGUACACAAUCUUCUUGUUUCUUCUCUGGACAAAGUUCAGGCUGGAAAAGGAUCUUCCAGCCAGCUGUACCGAGAGAGUGCCACAACCAUGGAAAAACUGGCUGUUCUCAAAGCUUGGGCAGAGGUAUAUGUGGUUGCUAUGAAUAUUAAAAAGGAAGCAGAGUCAAAACCAAAAAGAGCAAUUAAAAAUACUGACGAUGAUGAUGACGACUACGGUACCAUCGAUGAACUGCCACCAGAUAGUUUAAUAACACUGGUACAACCUGAACUACCAACACUCAGUCGCCUGUGGUUAGCAGCAUUAAAAGAUUAUGCACUCUUGACUUUACCAGCUGAAUUUUCUAGUCAGCUUCCUCCAGAUGGUGGAGCAUUUUAUACCCCUGAAACUAUUGAUACAGCUAGACUUCACUAUCGGAAUUCCUGGGCCCCAAUUCUCCAUGCGGUGGCACUUUGGUUAAAUAGCAUAGGAUUUACGUGCUCAGAGUCUACAGAAGCAGCAGCAAUAUCUGGUUUACAAAAGCGUUCUACAUCUGUCAAUUUAAACCAGGCAUCAGGAGCAGUGGGUAGUGCUAAAUCUUUGCCAGAAAUUAAUAAAGACAGAAUGCAUCUGAUUUUAGGUGUGAGUAUACAGUUUCUUUGUUCUCCUAGACCUGAGGAGCCCAUUGAACACGUUACAGCAUGCUUGCAGGCCUUACAUACCUUGCUAGACUCCCCUUAUGCUCGAGUCCAUAUUGCAGAAGAUCAGCUGAUAGGUGUUGAGUUGCUGAGUGUUUUGCACCGCCUCCUAUUGACCUGGAAUCCAUCAUCUGUCCAGCUGUUGGUUACUGGAGUUGUACAACAGAUAGUAAGAGCUGCUCAGGAUUAUUUGCAAGAAAAAAGAAACACUCUAAAUGAAGAUGAUAUGGAAAAAGAGGCCUGUACUGUAUUGGGAGAAGGAGGUGACAGCGGUGGUCUCAUUCCUGGAAAAUCUCUUGUGUUUGCAACUAUGGAGCUGCUGAUGUUCAUUUUAGUACGGCAUAUGCCACAUCUCAGUACCAAGGUGUCAGACUCUCCAAGUCACAUAGCCACUAAAACUCGACUGUCAGAAGAAAGUGCUCGUUUGGUGGCAGCCACAGUUACCAUACUCUCUGAUUUACCAUCCCUUUGUUCACCUGCUGGAUGUAUGACAAUCCUGCCCACAAUUCUGUUCUUAAUUGCAAGAAUAUUGAAAGACACAGCAAUAAAGUCUGCAGAUAAUCAAGUUCCUCCACCAGUCAGUGCAGCUCUUCAAGGGAUUAAAAGUAUUGUGACACUUUCAAUGGCCAAAACUGAGGCUGGCGUUCAAAAACAAUGGACAGCUCUGAUUCGUAGCACGCUUGCAUGCAUCCUGGAAUAUUCUCAACCAGAAGACUCUGUACCUACACCUGAUGAAGUAAGCAUGCUAACAGCAAUUGCACUCUUCCUGUGGUCUGCUAGUAAUGAAAUAAUAGGAGUCCAGUCAUUACAGAAUGGCUGCAUGAACAGAUUUAAAAAUGCAUUAAAUUCAUGCGACCCAUGGGUUCAAGCCAAAUGUUACCAGCUUCUCCUCUCAGUCUUCCAACAUUCCAAUCGUGCCCUUUCAACUCCUUAUAUUCAUUCAUUAGCUCCAAUAGUGGUUGAAAAACUAAAAGCUGUUGAAAGAAACAGACCAGCCAGUAACAUAGAGCUUUUAGCGGUUCAAGAAGGAAUAAAAGUUCUUGAAACAUUGGUUGCUCUUGGUGAAGAACAAAACAGAGUCCAGCUACUUGCUCUUUUAGUUCCUACUUUGAUAUCUUACCUGCUGGAUGAAAAUUCUUUUGCCUCAGCAAGUUCAGCUUCCAAAGAUCUUCAUGAGUUUGCACUCCAGAAUUUAAUGCAUAUUGGACCUCUGUAUCCACAUGCUUUCAAGACGGUAAUGGGGGCUGCUCCUGAGUUGAAAGUGCGUCUAGAAACGGCUGUUCGAGCAAGCCAAGCGAGCAAAGCUAAAGCGGCUGCCAGACAACCAGCCCCUGCCAUACAUUCUGCACCAACAAUUAAGCUAAAAACAAGUUUUUUUUAAUUUGUACUUUGAUUUAUUUGUAUUUAUAUUGUCAACUAGCACCUAAUUAGUGAUGGCCACUGUAUCAUUCCAGGCUACCUAUGGGUUCUGUUUUAUUUGUAUAUUGGUAUUAUAGUGCUUCCAGGUAGGUUAAGUGAAAUAAUGCUCACACCACUUAUUGAUUUUUUUUUUUUUUUUUUUUUUGAGACGGGGUCUCGCUCUGUCACCCAGGCUGGAGUGCAGUGGCGCGAUCUCCGCUCACUGCAAACUCCGCCUCCCGGGUUCACGCCAUUCUCCUGCCUCAGCCUCCCAAGUAGCUGGGACUACAGGUGCCUGCCACCACGCCCGGCUAAUUUUUUGUAUUUUUAGUAGAGACGGGGUUUCAGCGUGUUAGCCAGGAUGGUCUUGAUCUCCUGACCUCGUGAUCCGCCCGCCUCGGCCUCCCAAAGUGCUGGGAUUACAGGCGUGAGCUACCGCGCCCGGCCUCACUUACUGAUUUUUAAGGAGUGAUUUUUUUUAUCAUGUGGUGAAUAUGUUUUCAUUUUCCUCCUAAUAAUAUUUCUCUUUUGUUAACUUACUUAUUUUUCAAACACUGAGCCAUAGUCUUAAAUUUAAAUGCUAAAAACAAUUGUAUCAUGUAGUCGGGCAGCCUAUUGAUACUGUCAGGGAAAAAAAAUGGGUCGGAACUCAGCAUCUGUCAUGAAAAAAAUCAACUGAAAAACAAGCAGAUUUUAAAUUUUGAAGUAAUUAAAAUAAUGGAAAGUGUCUGUUUGGUGUAUAUACUAUGAGUAAAAUCACAGCAUUUUCUAAGCAUUUCCCAAAAUGUCCUUAUCUUUCUGAUGGAUCUUUUAGCUUUCAUAUCAAAUUACUAAAUUAUGCUAUGUAUAUUUUAGUUGUUAACAGAAUUAAAAUUCUUAUUUAAAGGUUCACUAAAAUGUUUAAAUGUUAUAUAAUCUGCUUUUUUUAAUAGCUAAAAUUUGGCUUCAGUUAUGUUUUGUAAUUACAGAACCUCAAGUGCUGGCUAUGAUGGUUAGUUUCCUUCAUCAAAUAUUUAUUGAAUGUCUACUGUUUAUAAGGCAUCAAGCUAAGUGCUGCAGGGGAUACAAAAAUGAAUUAGGCAUAAUUACAGUGAUGCCAUUCUCUCAUGUAGUGGGCAUUUUACCGUACGAAAUAGAUAAUUCACAAAAUGAAUAUUUGCCACAGCAUUUAGCAAAUUUUAAACGCCAAGUUUUACCACACAGUGUAACAGACUGAACAAGUAUUAUCAAAAGCAAGUCACUUUCUGAACAUUUUAUCUUCUUUUCUCUUUUCCUUUCUUUUCCUUUUUCUUUUAGAGACAGUCUUGCACUGUUGCCCAGACUGGAGUGCAGUCAUAGCUCACUACACUUGAACUCUACUCAGCCUUUUAGAUACCUGAGAUAGGUACUUUGUCUUGCCUGUUUUCUCACUGACUUUUGGGUGUUUUUUCUUUUCUUUCUUUCUUUUUUUUAGAUUGAGUCUUGCUCUGUCGCGCCCAGGCUAGAGUGCAGUGGCGCGAUCUCGGCUCACUGCAACCUCCGCCUCCUGGGUUCAAGCAAUUCUCCUGCCUCAGCCUCCUGAGUAGCUGACAUUACAGGCACCUGCCACCACACCCAGCUAAUUUUUUGUAUUUUUAGUAGAGAUGGGGCUUCAUGUUGGUCAGGCUGGUCUCAAACCCCUGACCUCAGGUGAUCUGCCUGCCUCUCCCUCCCAAAGUGCUGGGAUUACAGGGAUGAGCCACCGUGCCCAGCUUCUUUUCCUUUUUUUUUUUUGUUUUGAAGCAGGGUCUCACUGUUGCCCAGGCUGGAGUGCAGUGGCACAUGACCACGGCUCACAGCAGCCUCAAUCUCCCAGGCUUGAAUGAUCCUCCCACCUUAGCCUGCCAAAGUGCUGAGAUUACAGGCCUGAGCCACCACACUUGGCCCUGGUUGUUUUUUCAUUUCAGGUUUGCAUUGCCACAAUUAUUCUCCUUGGUUUUUGCUUUUGUUUUUGCUAACAACUUCAUGGAGACCCAGUUCACAUACCAUACAACUCAAUUCAGUUUGGGCAUGGUGGCUCACACCUGUAAUCCCAACACUUUGGGAGGCUGAGGCCAGGAGUUUGAGAGCAGCCUGGGCAACACAGCAAGACCUCAUCUCUACGUUAAACAAAAAGAAAGCCAGACGCGGUGGUGCACUCCUGUAGUGCCAGCUACUCAGGAGGCUGAGACAGGAGAAUUGCUUGAGCCCAGGAGUUUGAGGCUGCAAUAAAUUGUGAUCAUGCCACUGUAUCCCAGCAAAGUGUACAGUUCAGUGGUUUUUAGUGGUGCCACCAUCACCACAAUCAAUUAUGAACAUUACCCCAAAAAGAAACCUUGUGUCCUUUAGCUAUCCUCCUACCAUCUCCCCAUUUCCCCCCAACUUAGGCUACCACUAAUCUACUUUCUGUCUCUGGAUUUUCCUCUCAUGGACGUUUUAUAUAAAUUGAACCACUUAAUAUGUGGUUUUUUGUGACUGGCUUCUUACUGUAAUGUUUUCUGUUUGCUUGUUUUUGAGAUGGGAUCUUGCCCUGUUGCCCAGGCUGGAGUGCAGUGGUGCAAUCUCAGCUCACUGCAGCCUCUACCUCCUGGGCUCAAGCAAUCCUCCCACCUCAGGCUCCUGAGUAGCUGGAAUUACAGGCGCACACCACCAUGCCUUGCUAGUUUUUCAUAUUUUUGUUAGAGGCAGGGUUUCACCCUGUUGCCCAGGCUGGUCUCAAACUCCUGAGCUCAAGUGAUCCAUCUGCCUCAGCCUUCCAAAGUUCUGGUAUUACAGGCAUGAGCCACCAACCCACUGUAAUGUUUGUUUGUUUGUUUGUUUUUGAGAUGGAGCCUCACUCUGUCACCCAGGCUGGAGUGCAGUGGCACAAUCUUGGCUCACUGCAAGCUCCGCCUCCCGGGUUCCAGCGAUUCUCCUAUCUCAGCCUCCCCAGUAGCUGGGAUUACAAGUGCACGCCACCAUGCCUGGCUAAUUUUUUGUUUCACCGUGUUGGCCAGGCUGGUCUCGAACUCCUGAGCUCAGGCAAUCCGCCUUCCUCGGCCUCCCAAAAUGCUGGGAUUACAGGCGUGAGUCACCACACCCGGCCCACUGUAAUUUUUUUUUUUUAAGUCGGAGUCUGGCUCUGUGGCCCAGGCUGGAGUGCAGUGGCACAAUCUUGGCUCACUGCAAGCUCCGCCUCCCGGGUUCAUGCCAUUCUCCUGCCUCAGCCUCUCCGAGUAGCUGGGACUACAGGCGCCCGCCACCACGCCCGGCUAAUUUUUUUGUAUUUUUAGUACAGACGGGGUUUCACAGUGGUCUCGAUCUCCUGACCUCAUGAUCUGCCCGCCUCUGCCUCCCAAAGUGCUGGGAUUACAAGCGUGAGCCACUGCACCCGGCCUGUAAUGUUUUUUAAGGUUCAUCCAUGUCGUAGCAUGAAUCUGCACUUUAUUCCUUUUUAUGGCUGCAUAAUAUUCCAUUGUAUAUAUACCACAUUUUGUGAAUCUGUUCAUCAGUUGAAGGACAUUUGGAUUUUUCCAUCUUUUUCUUGCCUGUUAGGAAUAAUGAUGCUAUGAGCAAUUAUGUACAAGUUUUGGGGUGGACAUAUGUUUUAAUAUCACUUGAGUAUAUACCUAGGAGUGAACUUGCUCGUUCAAAUAAGUCUUUUUCCUUUUUUUUUCUUAAAUAUGGCCUUUCUGACUCAUGUUUAACUUUCUAAGGAACCACCAGACUGUUUCUAAUCUCAUUUUUUUGCACACAUGCAUGUACACACAUAACCCCUUUUCCCUCAUCUAUUUAUAAAGUAUGUUUAUUUCUGCCUUGGC